AUGACGUCGACUGAGACGAAGGACGCCGUACAACGUAGCACCGCCAUCACCGAUUACAGCAAGAGGUUACUCCAGCACAAGGAGCUCGACUCUCGAGUCCGUGCAGGUUUAAGAAAAAAGGACAUGGGAUCUAUGGUUGAGACAUUGAUGCAACAACUUUUGUCCAAGGAGAUUCUUUAUGAACCAAUGAAGGAAAUUGGAGAAAAAUAUCUGAAGUGGUUGAUAUACAAGAUUGAUAUAGCGACUUCAAUCCCAAGCCUAAGUGCAGAAUCUGAUGGUGCACGAAUCUUUGAGAUCAUGCAGAAAAUGAACUCUUAUUUGAUACUUGAAGUUGAUAGUGAACUACUUCUUACACUUACUGAAUAUAAGCACAUGAGUACCCUAAGAAUGCUUGGUCAUAUAUAUAAGGAAGCUGAGAAGUUUGCUUAUCAAAAUGGAUCAAAGGUGGCUGUUGUUUAUGGUAGAGUGUCGAUGGGUCAGCAGGAGGGGAAUGAGGACGAGAGUGAGGAUGCAAACUCUGAGGAAGGGAGAGAGGAUGAGAACGAGGGUGAGGGUGAGGACAUGGACGAGGAAAGGGCUCAGCUUGAAAACGAGGAGGACGAUGAGGUUGAGGAAGGGAGCGAGCAUGAGAACAAGAACAAGGAUGAGAAUGAGGAUGACGAUGAAGGGGUGGAGGCUCGGGAAUUAAGCAAGCAUGAAGACGAGGACAAAGAUGAAGACGAGCCUUAUAUUUUCCAUUGGGAAAGAAGAGGUAGGGCGGUUGUCCAACAAAAGCUGAAAAAAGUAAAGACUAAUGCUCAAGUCAUCAUCCUAUAA